AAAAUAUAUAUAUAGUGCCUAAUCCUUAUUGUAGCUAGCUUCACAAAACAACCCGGUCCCGUCGAGCAUCCUGAAGCUAGCUGGCUGCUUAUAACGUUAGCAACAGGGUUUAGUAGCUGGCUAGCUAUUUUUUUUUCUUCCAUCAAUUUCAAUAUGCGAACAAGUGGCUACCUAGCUAAUACUUACUCACACGGAUUCCUAAAUCAUUGCUAAGAAUAAUGAAAAUGACUGCAGUUUCUACUGGUCAUUGUUUUCAGGCUGGUUGUAUUGGUGCUAGCUAGGUAGCAAGCUAAACCUGGCUAGCUUCCCCAGAAGUUGCGGUCCAACACAACAUUCAGCAAUUAAACUCUGUUAUUUGACGUGUCAAAUUAAAAUCUUACUUAACGUGUCAAAUAGUGUUAUUUGACGUGUAUACUUUUUCACACGCAAAGACCCAAACGGCGUUCCAUACAUGAGGAAGCGGUCACACGCUAGUUCGUUCAUUCCUCCACUGGAGAACCCACAGGCAGCCAGGCCAAUGAGCUGUAGUGUUAUAACUAUCUACACGUGCCAAACUAACUGCAAAAUACAUAACAAAGGACGAAAUUGGUCAGUCAUUGAUGAUGAAAGCAGGAGUCAUUGAUGAAAUGUCAACAAUGGAAAUUGUUCAUGUAUACUUUUGAGUGAAAAAGUUUUUAAAAAGAGUUUGAAUCAUUAUGCAAAGUUGUAGGCUUAAUGUAGAAACCCUAGACCCACUCCAAAUUGCAUACCGUCCAAACAGAUCCACAGAUGAUGCAAUCUCUAUUGCACUCCACACUGCCAUUUCCCACCUGGACAAAAGGAACACUUAUAUGAGAAUGCUAUUCAUUAACUACAGCUCAUCGUUCAACACCAUAACACCAUAAAUACCUCCCUCUGCAACUGGAUCCUGUACUUCCUGACGGGCCGCCCCCAGGUGGUGAGGGUAGGUAGCAACACAUCUGCCACGCUGAUCCUCAACACUGGAGCUCCACAGGGGUGCGUGCUCAGUCCCCUCCUGUACUCCCUGUUCACCCACGACUGCAUGGCCAGGCACGACUCCAACACCAUCAUUAAGUUUGCAGACGACACAACAGUGGUAGGCCUGAUCGCCGACAACGACGAGACAGCCUAUAGGGAGGGGGUCAGAGACCUGGCCGGGUGGUGCCAGAAUAACAACCUAUCCCUCAACGUAACCAAGACUAAGGAGAUGAUUUUGGACUACAGGAAAAGGAGGACCAAGCACGCCCCCAUUCUCAUCGACGGGGCUGUAGUGGAGCAGGUUGAGAGCUUCAAGUUCCUUGGAGUCCACAUCAACAACAAACUAGAAUGGUCCAAACACACCAAGACAGUCGUGAAGAGGGCACGACAAAGCCUAUUCCCCCUCAAGAAACUAAAAAGAUUUGGCAUGGGUCCUCAGAUCAUCAAAAGGUUCUACAGCUGCAACAUCGAGAGCAUCCUGACUGGUUGCAUCACUGCCUGGUACGGCAAUUGCUUGGCCUCUGACCGCAAGGCACUACAGAGGGUAGUGCGUACGGCCCAGUACAUCACUGGGGCUAAGCUGCCUGCCAUCCAGGACCUAACCAUGUGUAUGUGACAAAUACAAUUUGAUUUGAUUUGAGGACCUCUACACCAGGCGGUGUCAGAGGAAAGCCCUAAAAAUUGUCUAAGACCCCAGCCACCCCAGUCAUAGACUGUUCUCUCUACUACCGCAUGGCAAACGGUACCGGAGUGCCAAGUCUAAGGCAAAAAGGCUUCUCAACAGUUUUUACCCCCAAGCCAUAAGAAUCCUGAACAGGACCUGAGCCCUAGGACCAUACGUCAGGACUACUGGGCAUGAUGACUCCUUGCUGCCCCAGUCCACCUGGCCUUGCUGCUGUCCCAGUUUCAACUGUUCUGCCUGCAGUUAUGGAACCCCUACCUGUCCCAGACCUGCUGUUUUCAACUCUUAAUGAUCGGCUAUGAAAAGCCAACUGACAUUUAUUCCUGAUUAUUAUUUGACCAUGCUUGUCAUUUAUGAACAUUUUGAACAUCUUGGCUCUCUCUAAUUCUCUCCUUCUCUCUUUCUUUCUCUCUCUCGGAGGAACUGAGCCCUAGGACCAUACGUCAGGACUACCGGGCAUGAUGACUCCUUGCUGUCCCCAGUCCACCUGGCCUUGCUGCUGUCCCAGUUUCAACUGUUCUGCCCGCGGUUAUGGAUCCCCUACCUGUCCCAGACCUGCUGUUUUCAACUCUUAAUUAUCGGCUAUGAAAAGCCAACUGACAUUUAUUCCUGAUUAUUAUUUGACCAUGCUUGUCAUUUAUGAACAUUUUGAACAUCUUGCCCAUGUUCUGUUAUAAUCUCCACCCGGCACAGCCAGAAGAGGACUGGCCACCCCUCAUAGCCUGGUUCCUCUCUAGGUUUCUUCCUAGGUUUUGGCCUUUCUAGGGAGUUUUUCCUAGCCACCGUGCUUCUACACCUGCAUUGCUUGCUGUUUGGGGUUUUAGGCUGGGUUUCUGUACAGCACUUUGAGAUAUUCAUGUCUUAAAUUAAUGAUGGAUUGUCGUUUCUCUUUGCAUAUUUUAGCUGUUUUUGCCAUAAUAUGGACUUGGUAUUUUACCAAAUAGGGCUAUCUUCUGUAUACCACCCCUACCUUGUUACAACACAACUGAUUGGCUCAAACGCAUUGAGGAAAGAAAUCCCACAAAUUGACUUUUAAUGCACACCUGUUAAUUGAAAUGCAUUCCAGGUGACUACUUCAUGAAGCUGGUUGAGAGAAUGUCAAGAGUGUGCAAAGCUGUCAUCAAGGCAAAGGGGGGUGGAUACGUUGAAGAAUCUAACACUUUUUUGGUUACUACAUGAUUCCAUAUGUGUUAUUUCAUAGUUGAUGUCUUCACUAUUAUUCUACAAUGUAGAAAAUUGUAAAAAAGAAAGAAAAAAGAAAGAAAGACCCUUGAAUGGUGGUGUGUUCAAACUUUUGACUGGUACUGUAUGUAUAUGGGUAAGGGGACUAGGCAACAGGAUAUACUGUAAGAUAAACAGAGUAGCAGCAGCUUGUGUAUGAUUGGGUGUUCAGACCAAGGGUAUCACGUUUCAAGGAAAGACCCAGAUGCAGACUGUCGAAGUAACAAUGUUUAUUACAACAACAGGGGCAAAGGUACAGGACAGCAGGCAGGUUCAUGGUCAGAUCAGGCAGAGGGGUCAAAGCUGGGAAAACCUAGAAAACAGGAACUAAGACAAGACAGGUGCGAGGGGGAAACCGCUGGUAGGUUCUACAAACAAAAAUGAACUGGCACCAGACAUACAGAGAGCACAGGUAUAAAUACACAGGGGAUAACGGGGAAGAUGGGGGACACCUGGAGGGGGGUGGAGACAAGCACAAAGACAGGUGAAACAGAUCAGGGUGUGACAAAGGGUCCAAAGCUGACGAGCUUGGAAGGGACAAUGGUGUUGAACGCUGAGCUGUAAUCAAUGAACAGCAUUCUCACAUAGGUAUGAUGAAGCUGGAGGCCCUGGGUCUCAACCCCCGCCCUUUGCAACUGGGUCCUGGACUUUCUGACGGGCCGCCCCCAGGUGGUGAAGGUAGUAAACAACAUCUCCACUUCACUGACUCUCAACACUGGCCCCACAAGGGUGUGUGCUCAGCCCUCUCCUGUACUCCCUGUUCACCCACGACUGCGUGGCCAUGCACGCCUCCAACUCAAUCAUCAAGGUUUCAGACGACAGAACAGUAGUGGGCUUGAUCACCAACAAUAACGAGAUGGCCUACAGGGAGGAGGUGAGGGCACUCGGAGUGUGGUGUCAGGAAAACAACCUCUCACUCAACGUCAACAAAAAAAAGGAGAUGAUCUCGGACUUCAGGAAACAGCAGAGGGAGCAUCCCCCUAUCCACAUCGAAGGGUCAGCAGUGGAGAAGGUGGAAAGUUUUAAGUUCCUGGGCGUACACAACACGGACAAACUGAAAUGGUCCACCCACACAGACAGUGUGGUGAAGAAGGUGCAACAGCGCCUCUUCAACCUCAGGAGGAUGAAGAAAUUUGGCUUGUCACCCAAAACCCUGACAAACUAUUACAGAUGCACAAUCGAGAGCAUCCUGUCGGGCUGUAUCACAGCCUGGUACGACAACUGCACCGCCCUCAACCACAAGGCUCUCCAGGGGUGGUGCGGCCUGCACAACGCAUCACCGGGAGCAAACUACCUGCCCUCCAUGACACGUACAGCACCUGAUGUCACAGGAAGGCCAAAAAGAUUAUCAAGGACAACAACCACCCGAGCCACUGCCUGUUCACACCGCUAUCAUCCAGAAGGCGAGGUCAGUACAGGUGCAUCAAAGCUGCGACAUACAGAUUGAGGAACAUCUUCUAUCUCAAGGCUACCAGACUGCUAAACAGCAAUCACUAACUCAGAGAGACUGCUGCCUAGAUUGAGACCCAAUCACUGGACACUAGUCACUUUGAACAAUGCCACUCUAAAUAAUGCCACUUUAAUAAUGUCUACAUAUCUUACAUUACUCAUAUCACAUCUAUAUACUGUAUUGAGACCCAAUCACUGGACACUUUAAUAAAUGGAUUACUAGUCACUUUAAACAAUGCCACUUUAAUCAUGUUUACAUAUCUUACAUUACUCAUAUCACAUGUAUAUACUGUAUUUUAUACAAUCUACUGCACCUUGCCUAUGCCGCUCGGCCAUCGCUCAUCCAUAUACUUAUAUGUACAUAUUCUCAUUCACCCCUUUAGAUUUGUGUGUAUUAGGUAGUUGUUGGGAAAUUGUUCGAUUACUUGUUAGAUUUGUGUGUAUUAGGUAGUUGUUGGGAAUUGUUAGAUCAUUUAUUAGAUAUUACUGCACUGUUGGAACUAGAAGCAUAAGCAUUAAGUUACACUAGCAUUAACAACUGCUAACCAUGUAUAUGUGACCAAUAAAAUUUGAUUUGAUUUGAA